UACUUGGUCAAAAUGAAAUAUAGGCAAUACGUGAGUGGAGAAAAGCAAGGAAAUCUUACCCAUGUCUUUAGUUAAUCCUCAUCCUAUAACCAUGUUUAACCAAGCAAAUGCAAUUAAUUUCUUCUUCACUUGGACACCAUCUUCGAUCCAUUGUGGCCUCUCUCUCUCUCUCUCUCUCUCUCUCUCUCUCUCUUGCUUGUGGCUGAUGAGUAACUUUUAGUCUUCAAUUCUUUGCCAUGUGAAUGGGGAUAAUAAAUGGUCAAGAACCAUACAAUUAUGGGUUUCAAGGCGGUAGUAGUGCUACUGGUGACCGGCCAGUUUGCCCGAAGCCGCGCCGCCUUGGAUCCGCCGUGCCUGAAUUCCUCAAGCCCCUCAAAUGUAACAAACACAGCCAACAAAUUACCGACGAAGGAAUCGGAAUUCUCGGCAUGAUUUCUGAAAAGACAACUAAUGAACGGGAAUCGGUAUGCACCGGAUGCUCGCCCUCUUGCUACUCGGGUUCUCCUCCCGGAAGAACCAGUAACCCUUUGGUUCACGACGUCCAGUUCACCCAUCAGAUGGAGCUCUUCGCGACUUUUACGCGAACAAACCUGUCGGAUAAAUUCGGUCUCGCCUCUGCCUCUCCGAUGUAAAGACCCCCCUCGGACGGAAACAGAGCUAGAAUGAGAGAGUCUCUUAGACAUGAAACUCUGCCAUUCUGAGUUUGAAUUUUUUCUUUUUGUAGCAAUUUAGUGUUGAAAGUAUUAUACUUCUUGUAAUUGUUUGUAAAUACUGUGAGAUAAAUAACGCGCCCGAAGUCUCCAACUGUGUUGGUGUGAACAUUUUUUCGACCAUUUGGUUGGGCCUUUUUCCUUUCA